UUGGAACUUUCGGUGCGUGCGUAACAGAGCUGCGUCUUGUCUCGCACGAGCACAACAACAACAACAACAACAACAAAAGCAACUACAGCCACAAGCACACUUGCCUCCAGCUCGCCCAUAGAAGAUACCCUCGCAGAAGCGUCCGACAUCAAACAGACUGAACAGACUAUAAUGGCCGACCCGAUGGAAGAUGUGCAGCAGCAGGAGCAGCAGAUGGAGGAGCAGCAGCUGGCCGCAGCUCAAGAUGCCGGCACAAUGGCGCAUAAUGAGGAAACGGAAAUGCCGCUGCCAGACGGCGACGGCGACAGUCAUAAUGCGACAGAGGCCGAGUCCUUGGUGGCCAUUGAAAACUUUGGCGUCGCAUCGGACACGGAGUUGGUCGUUGAGCCGGAGUCGGAGCCGCAGCUGUACAGGGAACGCGAGGAGCUGGAGUCCUCGGACGAUGAGGAGGAUGGCCGUGCGACGCCCAUCGAAAUGAGCGACACCUUCAACGAUGAAUGGGCCACACUGGAGGCGGAUGCCGAGGCAGAUGCAGAUGCUGCGGCUGUUGCGGAUCCCGGCAACGAUUUGAAUAAUCACAUUGACAUCUAUGAGAACUUUGCGCCCGUCGAUCUGUCCAAUGAUAUUGCUGUUAACGAUGUGGCCGCCGCCAAUCCCAACUAUCCGUACAAUCCAGACGCCGAGCUGAUUGAGUUGCCCGCAGCUGUCCAGACCAUGCCCAAGUUUGAGAAAUUAUCCCUCUUGACGCCGCCGACGCCGCACAUGAAGUGAGCCCCGCGGCCACAACACAUAGUCUAGGCUCUUUAGUCUUAGGUCUUUUAGUACUUUAAGCAGCAUUUUCAUAGCUUGAAUAUGCAACUCUUUAAAAAUCGACGUGCCUUAAGAAAACAUCAAGAAAUACCUUAAGAGAGUUGCCAGAGCCGCGCAUUCAUUUAAUUAUUAUCACUGAGCUCAGCAAGUACGAGUAUUAAAUGCAUUCGAUGUGCAUGCUAACAUAUUUAUUGAUCAAAAAUAUAUAUAUACACACACAUAUAUAAAUACCAAAAAUAAAAGUAAAUUUGAGUAACACUUUUUA